AUGGCGAAGCAUCAUCCAGAUUUGAUAUUUUGUAGGAAGCAGCCAGGUGUCGCUAUUGGCAGACUUUGUGAGAAAUGUGAUGGGAAAUGUGUAAUAUGCGACUCCUAUGUGCGACCUUGUACACUGGUAAGGAUAUGUGAUGAAUGUAACUACGGUUCUUACCAGGGGCGAUGCGUGAUAUGUGGAGGCCCUGGAGUCUCAGAUGCCUACUACUGUAAAGAAUGCACAAUUAUGGAGAAAGAUAGAGAUGGUUGUCCAAAGAUCGUGAAUUUAGGAAGUGCAAAAACAGACUUGUUCUAUGAAAGAAAGAAAUAUGGUUUCAAGAAAAGAUGAUGGAUGUUACUGGAGACAAUGUAGAAAAAUACUGCCGUUUUAAUGUCAUUUUUGUUGUAAAUAGUUGUAUGACUUUGAACUAUCAUGAAACAUCAGCAAUUAAAAAUUUCAUUUUA